UUUUUACUAGUUUAUUAUACUGCCUUUGUCGAUUAGUGAGAAAGACACUAAUUAGGCUGAUUUUUAAGCUUUAAUAAGCUUGUUCUUACCUUCAAGAAUCUCAUAGUUUAAAAAAUUCAAGAAUUAAAAUUAAGGAAGGUAUUUUAUCAGGGUAACAAACUUCAUCAUCACGCAGUCUCGUUUUCACACUAUUAUAUAUAUACACAUAUGUGUACUUGUCUGAAUGUGGAUAAAUAUUUAAAGAUUGGAUAUACCUUUGGGACCCUUACAAAAAAAUGGACCACAGAUUGUUUGAUGCAGCUCGUUCGGGAGACAUGACAACACUUCAGUUGCUACUUCAAGAAGAUCCUCUUCUUCUCGAGCGUUUCUCUAUGUCUUCACUAGAGAAUCCUCUCCAUGUCUCAGCAUUCUCCGGCCAAGUUGUAUUCACGGAAGAAAUCUUGCGUCGCAAGCAAGAUUUAGCUCUGGAGCCGAACCAACAAGGUUUUACUCCUCUUCAUAUUGCUUCAGCCUCAGGGACGAUAGAAGUUGUGAGAGCUCUCCUACGUGUAGGCCCGAAUCAUGUUCUCUGCCGCUUGAAGGACAAAGACGGUUCAAUUCCUCUUCACUGCGCCGUGCAGAGAGGGAGAAUCGAGGUCGUAAAAGAGUUGGUUUCUUCUUUCCCCGAAUCUCUCAAGGAAGUAAAUGCUUCUUUUGAGACACCUCUUCAUGUUGCUGUUAAGAACAAUCAAGUGGAAGCUACAAAGCUGUUGCUUGAAGAGAUCAAGAAACGUGACAUGUCACCAGAGAUCCUUAACAUGGAGAAUCGAGAAGGCAAUACAAUCUUGCAUCUUGCAACUCUUGGGAAACAGCUUCAGGCAAGUUUUUUCUUCUUCUUUACUCUCAUUUACAUACCUCUGUAG